AUGGUCGUUAGAACUGGUACUUGCUCAUUCUGUGAAUACAGAAUUUACCCCGGUAGAGGUCAAAGAUUCAUCGCCAAGGAUGGUAGAGGUUUCUUCUUCUUAACCAAGAAGGCUAAAUGUCUUUCCUUAAGAAAGGUUAAGGCCCAAAAGAUCACCUGGACCAUCGCCAGAAGAAGAUUAUGGAAGAAGGUUAAGGCCACCGAUAUUGCCCAAAAGAAGAAGAAGAGAAACGUUACCGUCGCCAGAGCCAUCGUUGGUAUUUCUCUUGAAGAAAUCAAUAGAAGAAAGAAUCUCGACGCUUCUCACAAGAAGGCUGAAGCUGAAAAGGCCGUCAGAGAAUUGAAAUAAAAGAAGGCCAAUGAUAUUGAAAAGAAGAGAGCCGACAGAAAGUUGCAAGGAAAGGACGUUAAGGCUGCUAAGAAGGCUGAAACCAAGAAGACCAAGCAACCCGUCGGUGCUAAGGGUGGCAAAAAGUGA